CAUCCCCCUAAAACCCUAAGAAGACCUCCUUAUAAAAGCCUUCCAUUUCCCCACGACCCAGAAGCCCUCCUCCCACCUCCUUCCUUCAUUCCACUCUUAAACCCUAACCAAGAAAACCCACCGUCGCUCCGGCGACCCGAAACCCGUCUCGCCAUGUCCGACCUCGACAUCUCUCGCUCCGACAAGAAGAAGAAGAAGCACCGCUCCAAGGACGGCGGCGGCGGCGAGCAGCAACCCGAACACCGCGACCCGGCGGCGCCCGGAAAGGACGACGCCGGCGGCGACUACAUGAUCAAGCCACAGUCGUUCACGCCCUCCAUCGACACCUCGCAGUGGCCGAUCCUGCUCAAGAACUACGACCGCCUCAACGUCCGGACGGGGCACUACACCCCGCUCCCCUCCGGCUACUCCCCGCUCAAGCGCCCCCUCGCCGAGUACAUCAGGUACGGCAUCCUCAACCUCGACAAGCCCGCGAACCCCUCGUCCCACGAGGUCGUCGCGUGGAUCAAGCGCAUCCUCCGGGUCGAGAAGACGGGCCACAGCGGCACCCUCGACCCCAAGGUCACCGGCAACCUGAUCGUGUGCAUCGACCGGGCCACCCGGCUCGUCAAGUCCCAGCAGGGCGCCGGGAAGGAGUACGUCUGCGUCGCCAGGCUGCACUCCAAGGUCCCCGAGGUCGCCAAGGUGGCCCGGGCGCUCGAGACCCUCACCGGGGCGGUCUUCCAGAGGCCGCCCUUGAUCUCCGCCGUGAAGAGGCAGCUUAGGAUUAGGACCAUUUAUGAGAGUAAGCUGCUGGAGUACGACGUCGACCGGCAUUUGGUCGUCUUCUGGAUUUCCUGCGAGGCGGGCACUUAUGUGAGGACCAUGUGCGUGCAUUUGGGGCUUAUUCUGGGUGUUGGAGGGCAUAUGCAGGAGCUGAGGAGGGUGCGGUCGGGGAUUCUCGGUGAGAAGGAUAACAUGGUGACGAUGCACGAUGUGAUGGACGGGCAGUGGUUGUAUGAUAACUAUAGGGAUGAGAGCUAUCUGAGGAGGGUAAUCAUGCCGCUCGAGGUUCUGCUGACGAGCUACAAGAGGUUGGUGGUGAAGGAUUCGGCAGUGAAUGCCAUCUGCUAUGGUGCGAAGCUGAUGAUUCCCGGGUUGCUGAGGUUCGAGAAUGAUAUUGAGGUUGGGGAGGAAGUCGUGCUGAUGACUACCAAAGGUGAGGCUGUUGCGUUGGGCAUUGCUGAAAUGACCACGGCUGUGAUGGCGACUUGUGAUCACGGCGUGGUGUCAAAGAUUAAGAGGGUUGUUAUGGAUCGGGAUACUUAUCCAAGGAAGUGGGGACUCGGCCCGAGGGCGUCUAUGAAGAAGAAACUGAUUGCUGAUGGGAAGUUGGAUAAGCACGGGAAGCCGAAUGAGAAGACCCCUCAAGAAUGGCUUAGGAAUGUGGUUCUCCCAACUGGUGGAGAUUCUAUGGUUGCCAGUCUUGCUGCCGCAGCUGAACCGGCAAAGCCGGAGAAGGAGAUUUCCGUCGUUGGGGAGGGUUCUGUUUUGGAGAAGAAGGAGAAGAAAAGGAAGAGUAAGGAUGAGGACGGAGAGGUGCAUGAUGGUAAUGUUGCUCCUGCUAAAAAGGCAAAGGUGGAAGAAGUCGAGGAAGUCGUGAGAGAAGAGAAAGUGAAGAUUAAGAAGGUGACGGAUGAUGCGGUGGAAGUGGAAGUCGAGAAGAAAGAGAAGAAGAAAAAGAAGAAGAAGGACAAAGAGAAUGGUGAUGCGUCUUCGGACGGGGAGACGGCUCGGAAAGAAAAGAAGGGGCACAAGGAUAAGGCCGCCGAAGCUGUUUCUCCAGAUACAGAGAAAUUGGAGAAGAAGAAGAAGAAGAAAAAGAACAAAGAAGCUGAGGAUGGUAUCAGUAAUGGUAGGGAUGAUGAUGGCGAUAAAUCGGAGGAGAAGAAGAAGAAGAAGAAGAAAGAUAAGAAGAAAGACCGAGAAUGAUCGUAAUGGGCAGAAUAACUUUUAGAUCUUUUAGUGAGUGCGCUCAUUGGGAUCGAUCUCAUCCGUGAACCAGCGGCGUACAGCUCCUGCAAUUUCCUUAUGUAUUUCCAUGAGAAUUGAAACUGAUCCUGCGGCUGAGCUCUGUUAUUUGUAGUUUUAUCUUCUCUAGCGGUUCAACUUGUCUCUCUAUUGUUUCUACUUUUGCAUUGCUUAAUUGCUGUUGUUUAUGCUU